GAGUACAAUGGCUGCAAACGCUGUGACAGUAAUGUGAAAAAAAAAAUUGUAAUUUUCUUCGAAGAUAUGUACCGUGUGUGUAUUAUUACAUUUUUGAAAAAAGAUUUACGUGCAUUUGAAGAGGAAAAAAAAAAGUGAAGAAAGUAAUGUGUGCUUUAUGGACAGUUAUAAAAAAGUGUGUUUCUUUGACAGUGUAAACAAACAUAAGCUUUAUUUUCCUUUGGAAUUCUUUUCAACAAAUUCAUUAAUUACAUCUAAUUCUAUUUAAAUAUGACAUCUAAUCUGUCAGUAUUAGCUACUUAUGAUGAACUUGUUCGAUGUACAAACGUUCUUGUCAAUGGAUCAUGCGAAGGCGAAUUUUUACAAUUUGCCAUUAAUCAAGAAGAAUUAAGACAAAAAUGGCUUCAAUCUGUACAAGAAUGCCAGAGACUUCAUUCAGUUUUGGAUAAAGCUCAUCAUGAAACGGCAGAUCUUGACAGGAAGUUGAGUCAUGCAAGGAGAUUACUUGAUGAAGAGAAACGAAAACGAAGAGCAGCCGAGGAACAGCGAAAUUCUUUGGAACGACAAAUGGCAAUGGCACGAGAUUUUUUAUUUAACGACGGUGGACGUAAUUUAAAUGACGAAACAAGAGAAAAACUCCAGUUUUUAAAUAACACCACUUUGAAUGGACGUCACAGUACUAUCAAUUUUAAGGAUCAUUAUCCAACUGAUAAAUUAAAAACUAUAACGGAGCUGGACUCUACUGGCACAUUGUUGAGUGAUUUGAGUUGUUUUUCAAAAUCAGAAGAUGAUUUAGAUACAAGUAUCAUUAUACAGCAAAGUAAAAAGAAACGUGAAUGGAAGGAACAUCGACCAAGUGGUGAAUAUUCUGGUAAAAAAAGAAGAAGCACCAUUAAAACAACUGAUCUCAAUAGUUCUGAUCGAAUUAUUGCUACGACCACUGUCACAGUGCCUAAAGAUGGAAAUAUUACAGCAUCAUCAAUUAUUGAAACUGUACCCGCUGAUGAAAAUAAUGAUCCACAAACUCCCAUGCAAACAACACGUAAACGAAGAAAGAGCGAAGAGGCAAGAAGAUCAAAAAAUCCUCGUGCUGAUGUUAAUGACAUUCCAAUUAAGCCUACUGCACCGCAAGCUGAUGCUUUGACUUCAGAAUCAGAAUCGGAAACUGUAUUUAAACCGAGUCCGAAUAUUGGUGGAUAUACUUUGAAUACAAAAACUGCUCGAGGUCAUAAUUUUAGCGCAAAAACAGUGAUAAAACCAGAAGCUUGUAUGUCAUGCAGUAAAAGAAUACGUUUUGGAAAAGUCGCACUGAAAUGCAGAGAUUGUCGUGCAACAACUCACGUUGAAUGCAAGGAUUUAUUACCUCUUCCAUGCGUUCCAGCUGGAAAUACACCCACAUUACGUGGUGCAUCAGGCACAAUCGCUGAUUAUACUCCAAUGACUCCACCAAUGGUACCAUCGAUUCUCGUACAUUGCAUUAAUGAAGUUGAAUUACGAGGAAUGAAUGAACAAGGUUUAUACAGAGUUAAUGGAGGAGUAAAUGACGUUAAAAUAUUAAAAGAAAAAUUCCUUAAAGGAAAAGGAGCACCAAAUCUUUCUGAAGUUGACAUUGCCACCAUUUGUUCAACUCUCAAAGAUUUCCUCAGAACAUUACGAGAACCUUUAAUAACAGUUGGUUUAAGAGACGAUUUUGUACGAGCAACAACAAUUCCUGAUAAACAGGACGCGGAUGCGGCUCUUUAUCAAGCGAUAUCAGAACUUCCGCAACCUAAUCGAGAUUCUCUUGCCUUUUUAAUUUUACAUCUACAAAGAGUAUCAAGUAGCACCGAAUGCAAAAUGCCAAUAAGUAAUCUUGCAAAAAUAUUUGGACCGACUUUAAUUGGUUACAGUUGUAAUGAACAACCUGCAACUGCAAUGCUUAAUGAAACAAAGAUACAAGCCACUAUUGUCGAAGGUUUGUUAAAAAUUCCUUCGGAUUAUUGGGCUAAUUUUGUAAAUUCUGAUAGUUUGAGUAAAGUCGGAACUCCAAAAAUGGCAACAUUGAGACAUACACCAUCCACGGAAUCACUUUUGAAACGUACAGCAUCUCGUGGAUUUUUCCACACGCCAUUAGGAACCAGUCGAACAUUUCUCAGGAAAAAUAAGAAAUAUUUCGCCACACCGCCGUCAAAAACGAGCUCUAAAUAUCAAUAAGGUAAUUAAAUACUCAUAAGCGCAUUUAAUACGCAAAGCUUUAUUUUUCACUCGUACUUAAAUAAUGUCCUAACUUUACAAAAAUAGGAAACUAAUUUUCAAAGUAUUUCAAUAAAUAGUUUUUAAAAAUUUAA